AUGAAGUGGCUACGUAUCGCAGCAAGGGCCCUAUCCAUCGUCGGGGCCGCCCUCGCCGUCGUCGGCUCCGCCGCCGCCACGCUCAUUGCGGUCGGCUUCACCAGCUCCGGCGUCGCCGCAGGCAGCCUCGCCGCCGGUGUCCAAUCCGCCGUCUACGGCGGCGCGACGUGCGGCGCGUUUUCGGUUCUGCAGGCCGCGGGCGCGACGAUGUGCGUCGCCGUGCCACAGGUCCUCCUCGCCGUCGCUGUCACGCUCCUCGUGGCUGCAGUCGUCUGCUGGGCGGUGUGGAGGUACAGGGAGCACGCGAAGCGUGCUCGGGAGGCUGCGGAGGGGAUCGCGGGCACCUGCGGAAAGGCAUACGACGUAUAA